AUGGAACCAGAGACAGAUGAGCACACUUUCGAAUUCCGUCUGAUUGCGUCUUCAUCAGACGAGACCACGGCAGGCGCGCAGCAAGACAUCGAGCAAGACACGCGCGACACGAUCUACAGAAAUCUUGGACCCGAGUAUCUCCGUGAUGAGAUCAACGAUCUACUGGAAGUGAAUCCGAUCGGAUUGCAGCCGGAGGGUCACUACGUGCCGGACCAAGCGCUUCGAAAUCUUCUUCGAACUGAUGCCAUCAUGGCAGCGCUCAAAGAUGGCCAAGAAAACGUCAAUCUUGUAAACUACAUCCGAGAUGUCGCCCCGAAGACAUUCGCAACCUUGCAACUAGUAUUUGACCAGCCUAAGGAUCGCAAAAAGGCUAUGCAGCAGCUCAAGCUCAAAGCAUUCACGGAUGAACAUUUAGACGCGGACAAUCUGAGCAUGUGUGGCUCUCACCCAUGCACAGAGGAAAAUUGCGCGCAUUACUUCGCGCACCCACAACCCUGGAAUUUGGUCUCGCUGAAGAGAUUUCAAGCGCAACGUUGGCAGUUCCUCAUCCCAAAGCUUGAUCACAAGAUCUUCCGCUACACGUUCGACUCGAAACGACUUUUGCCAUUCAAGGCUACGGGCGAGCUGAAAGAGUGUGGCGCAGGCUACUUCAGCGACGUCAAAUGUGUGUACAUGCUUGUUACGAGGCAGACGAUCCUGUCCUAUACCGUAGAGGUGUUCAUUCUCGUGGCUCACAAGACUUUGAAACUAAUGUCGAAGUUGAAGAACUACAACGUUAGACAGGAGUGGGAACGCGAGGCCGAAGCUCAUAAGCAACUCAAUGGCAGAAGUAAGCACCUUGUGCAGGGUAUUGGAGCAUAUCAUCAGAAGGCAGCAAGCAAGGGGAACGAUACUUACCACAUCGUUCUCGAAUGGGCCGACGGGGGUAACCUCCAAAGUUUCUUAGAAGAUUGCAAGGGGCCUUUGCUGGACAACGAUCUCCAAGAAAGCCGCAAACGCCUCAAAGAGGUGCUUGAGCAGCUUCUUGGACUCGCUGAUGCGGUCGACUGCAUGCACACCGAAUCUCCCACAUCUUCGCAGUCCUCUCCACACAAAGCGAACGGAACCGCGCCUGACAUGCCAACUGUGGCUCCUAUCGCAGGCGCUGCAAUACCGCUGUUAAAUCUCCCGACCUCACAAGAUAAUCAGCAAUUGCAGGAUGCGUCGUCCUUAGUGCCCCUUGAUUCCAGUAGACCGGCCAAGAACCCAACCAUCAACGAACCUAGAUCUGAACCUGAACCCAAUCCCUUUGCUCGCAGGAAAUCCCUCGAUCAUAAGAAUUGGAGGCAUGGAGACAUCAAACCAGAGAAUAUUCUUCGCUUCAAUGGGAAGAACGGAAGCAAUUGGUUUGGCAUAUUGAAGCUGGCGGAUCUUGGAAGAGCUCAGCAGCACGAUAAGAAGACCGAGUUCAGGAAGUCAAAAGAGAAAGAAGACUUCAGAACAAUCUUCUACGAACCACCAGACUUGUCCGAAGACCUUUUCCGGCAGGCCCAUGGCAAGAUCUCUCGUCUCUUCGACAUCUGGUCCAUGGGCUGUGUUAUCUUCGAAACAGUUGUCUGCUUGGUCUAUGGUUACGACGCCGUAGAGACUUUCCAGAAAAUUGAGAGACGCCCUGGCCUCACGCCCUACUGGGAGAAAAUUGAAGGCUCCAGCUACGUAGUGACCGAUGGGGUGACCCGCUGGAUGAACCAUAUCCUCGAGCACGAUACAGGGCGAAAGCCUAGUGCGAUCGGGGAUCUAAUUCUCCUCGUAAAGGAGCGUCUACUCCAGAUAGAGCUCCCGCGUGACUCUGACGUCUACGAGCCCGGGAAGAGGACGAACGCGAAAGACAUGAAGACGGUUCUGGCUUCAAUCUUGGAGACGGCAUCCGAAGACCCGGUGUAUCUGUUCGACGGCAUUGAGAACUUUCCACCCCCAGCCUACAUUAGCGAAGGAAGUCCCUCAAACGUUCAGACUUCCAACAGACUUGAUCCAAGCGUCAUUUACAAAGGUCCCAGCAACACCCCCAAGUUUCUGUCUCCUUCUACUGCUCGCCUCCUCCCAAACCCGAAGCGAGUGGGUCAUUCCACAAGACUGUCUCAGGACCGGGACUAUACAGAUGCCAUGAUCGAGACGUGGCAGUACCCAGAUGACCAUCAAUUUGCGCAGAAUAUGCUUGACAAAUAUCCUCUUGAGGACGCUGACGACGAAGAGGAGCUUUGCAAAUACUGCGCGAAAGUCGACAUGAUGGCUUCGGCACUGGCUUUCCAAAACAGGCGCCUCAAAAAGAGCUUUGAACACUGUCCACUUUGUACUUUAGUAUACAAGGUCAUCGCCGAAACGGAGUUGCAGGAACUAGAAAGUUUCACACUGACUAGAGACGACGACCACUUCGUGUUUUGUGGGGCGACGAAGACCUUAAAGCUCCUCAGAGUGUGCUGCGCCACAUACGAUAGUUCACUGGAUGAUACCAAUGUAUCUUUAGGUGCGCGUCAACUGUUCAAGCCCCCAUGCGAUCCAAGAUUGGGAAACUCAUUUUGGGAGCUGCCAAAGGCAUGGCUGGGCCAAUGCGAUAGCUCUCAUGAGCAAUCGUGCGAGCUGACCAACCAGAAGUACCGACUGCCUAAGAGAUUGAUCGAUGUCAGGAAACCCAAACUGGUCGAAUCUGCAGAGCUUGAUGGCGGGCAGGAUCAGAUUCGAUACCUUGCUUUCUCGCACAAGUGGGGCCGAGAGGAGAUUCUUGUAACGACUGCGAAGAACGUUGAAACGCGCAAAAGCCGCAUCCCUAAAAAGGAUCUACCAAGAAGUUUCAAAGACGCCAUAGCAGUUACCAAAGCGCUUGGCUGCGACUACCUCUGGAUCGACUCCCUCUGCAUCAAUCAAAGAUGUGAGGAUGACGACGGCGAUUUCGAUGAACAAGCCGACGACAUGCGGACUAUAUACAGCAACGCUUACUGUGUGAUCGCGGCGUCAAGCGCCAACGGAGCGCAAGAAGGCUUUCUCGGCCGCAAUUCCCACCUUGAUGCUGUGAAGGUCGGCAGCGUUUUCGUCUCUGCUAUCACCAACGAUUUCACACGAGACGUGCUCGAAAGCCCUUUGCAUCGACGCGGAUGGGUACUGCAAGAGCAUGCACUAGCUCGCCGGACGAUAUUCUUUACAGCCAACCAGAUGUACUGGGAAUGCGGAGAUAGUGUGCGAUGUGAGACACUACGAAAGCUCAAGCAUGACGGAAUCUCCUUGCUCGGAGAUGCGCGCUUCCCCAGCAAAGUCAUUGAACAAGAUGGCACUCGUGGUAAACAGAUUCGUCUUUGGACUUCACUCUUCAAGGAGUAUACCUUGCUCGAACUCUCGCGUCCACCAGAUCGAUCAGUCGCCAUUGAAGGUCUCAUGGCCCGUCUGGCAACCGCAUUCAAGACUGAUAGUCUCUUUGGGUUGUUUGGGACUUUCUGGGGACGCUGCUUGCUGUGGCGGCGUCCGCAAGAUGGCGUGCCGAUGGAACGAGUAGCGCAAGGGAAUUUUGCCAUCAAGCUGGCCCCAACUUGGUCGUGGAUGGCUGUCCUAGGUGGUAUCGACUUUCUCAACCCACAAGGCGGGAAGGUGGAUUGGAACACGUCAGAAGUCACUCUGCCCCCAGCGUUGAAGAGGCGGAUGACGCAAGAUCAACGCAAGACCCUCCCUCAACGUCCUGCGGACAGCCUCGCAGAAAGCGACGCGAUCGCCGCAAGGGCGUUCAGCUUCACAGUCACCUCGCGACUCCACGGCGAGCAGGGCCUCUACUUCGAUGACGAUACAGUACGUGCCGAAGGGCAAGUCAAGGCAGUAAUCAUCUGCUCGUCCCAACAGAAGGAUCAGAACGAGAAGGAGCACCAUGUGCUCCUUACAGUUGAAGCCGCGCCGAACACGGUUCCUCCGACCUACGAACGAAUCGGAGUCGGUGUAUUGCCAGAGGCCUGCAUCGAUCGCAGCAGUGGCGUCAAAAUCGCAAUCGGGUAG